UUUUAGUCUCGAACAAGCAUUGUUUAAUUUGCUUGAAAUAUAUUUUGUGGCAGUAGCAUUAUUUCACGUACCUUGGUGGGUUAUUGUUCGGCGCGUAUGGUGGAAAAUCGAUCAAUAAUCGCAGAUGUUGUCGUUGACCAUGUGCGAUCAAUCGAUAACGUAGUUUUCGAGAAUGGGGUAAUAUGUGGUCUUCGAUUAAUCAAGAACCGCGGUAAGUUUUGUUACUGUUUCGGAUACGGUACUAUUAACGAUUUACUCUUAAUAUAUUAUUGGAAUCUCGCACGUGACUAUUCCCUAAUACUUCUAUUGGCCGAUUGAUUCGAUUGUGCCACGACGAGGCGGUCGAUAGGCAUCCUCAGAAAUUCCACUAGUGCGGUACGUUAAAGAAGCAACGUUGAACGUGCACUGGCGGGUCGGACAAGUUUUUUUUUCGUUUGUUCGUUUGCCGGAAAUCGAGUAUUUCUCGGAAGUGAGGUUUCAUGGCGUCUGAGACUAGUUCCGCGAUUCCAGAUAAUCUUCAAGGCUUUUCGAAACAGAAUCAGAUGCAGAUCCUGCCAAAUACAGACAGCGAAUUAGGUUCGUCGUUUCGACGCGCCAGUUCUCUAAGGAUACCCAAGUCAUCUAACUCGGGCAACAUCGAUCGCAAUCGAUUGCACGUAUCAUCGUAUGAUGGAAAAUCGUCCACGUCAUGGACAACGGAAAAAUCGAAUGCUGCGUCAGUCCGGCCCGCCAGGCAUUCCGCACCUGCGAUCGACGCACCUGCGCCGGAAUAUCUCGCCAGAAACCUUCUGCAACUUGGCUGCCCGGUCGUGUCAAUGCCCACACCUCGUGGAGGAGUAGGAUCCGAGCCUCCGCAGAGUAGCGACAGCGAUGAAUACUCGACGACACAUAGCCAUCAGCAAGCGGGUCAUGGUCAUGGACAAGGAUAUGGUCAAGGACAGGCGGAUGUCUACAAUGUGCCCAAAGUCCAGGUGUCGGGACCACCGAACAAUGAUGAAUCCUCUUCCAUCAUCAAUGGGUCUGCGGGGUCCAUAGGAGCACGAUCGGCGCCCAGCACGCCUCUUCAAGUAGCUCCUGGAGCGCAACAAGCUGGCCAACAGCCGAUUACCGGCUCUCAGCUUACAGUGGCAGCUGCAAGUAAUCCUCAGCCUCCGAAGAGUCCGAGCCACGCGGCCUUGAAAUGUAACGACAGUCAUCUUUCAAAACCGCUCAGCAGAAGUACACCAUCAAUGGCAGCUGGCACUGUCUCACAGACCCCAGGAAAGGUUAGCAGAUCUUCGUCUACGUCUUCGCCAACGACUACCAGCAGUGCGAGACAGAAGAAAUUCCACAGGCAUUUCUCUCAGGUCGCUGCGGAUGAACGAGUGUUGAAUUACUACAGUUGUGCGCUGGUAGGCGACAUUCUGCUGCAAGGCUACUUGUACAUCACGCCAAACUACUUCGCCUUCUACAGCAACGUGUUCGGCUACGUGACGAAGCUGCUGAUACCGACGGCAUCCGUGUUGAAGAUCAGCAAGGAAAAGACCGCGCGAAUCAUUCCAAAUGCGGUGGCAAUCGCUACCGAAGAGGAGAGGCACGUUUUCUGUUCCCUUCUGUCCAGGGACUCGACGUUCAAGUUAAUGAAACAGGUUUGGGAUGCUGCUAUGGAGCCGCAACCGUCGCCCGCUAUUCUGCCACUUACGAACGAGCAAAAGCUCCUCGCUCCGGAUACGUUGGUGGUUGAUGACUCUGAGGUGAACCCUGAAGAAGAUGAUUCCAGCAUGUCCGAAAGCGGGACGGAUCUGAAUUCCAGACCGCCAACCGUGUGCACCGACACGGAUGGUGUUGCACCUCCUAUCACCAGGCCGAGUUUGUCACCACCCAUAAAAAUUGAACCAACACCAGUACCGUUGCUUCCAGCCAGGUCCAGCAAAUCCAAAGUCCUAUUGUCUUUGUUCACGGGUGGACUGAAAACUAGCACAGUGAUUACUAUUCUGAUAGCUCUCUUAGCAGCUCUCUACGUGUCGGCAGCUUUGAUGAUGAUUCGCAUCGACAGGCUACACACAGCUUAUCUAAACCAUCCGCUCGUUUCGCCGGAACGUUUCACGCAGGAUCGACUUUUGCAUUAUCUCAACACAAACCUUGAUCAGAUAGUAAAGGUGCGACAAAGUCUGCAGACGUUGUCACAGCAGUUCGUGUCGAUGAGCCAAAGCAGCGAAACGGAGCCGAGCGUAUCCGGUGGCGUGGUGGAACCGGAAGACGCUCCGAGUUAGCCCCCGAUGAGGCUAAAUAAUUUAAUGCAACCAAAUAAUACGAGUCCCCGUCGCCUCGUAUGAAGCGUCUCGUAUUAAUAUUGUCGUUGUCUUUCGUGGUCAACGUCGAGUAUUUUCGCGAACGAGAAACAAUUCGAUCGACUGAUUGACCAUCGUCGCUUCGGCGGUCCUUAAUUAGGCAUUAUUAACGUUAGUACCUAGAAUUUUCGAGGUUGCAAACGCAUGUAAUAGGCAAAUUCGUAAAAUGACACAAAACAGAGACCUUCGAACCAGGAUCGUUAACGAUCAUAACCUAGAUUGAGCCAUGCGUAACUCGAUUCGACUUUCAGUCGUGUUUGCAAAUUAAUCAAGAGGCUUCAGAGUAACAGUGAACACCGUGUAUAGGAUACACGUGCGAACCUAUUAGUUGUAUGUCUAAAUUAAAUCGACGAAAAGCGAAGAAAAUUAUUCGCGCAACAUGCGAGCGAAGAGAUUUUCGUUUUUAAACUAGUCACUUAUUAUAAUAUAUACCCUGCAUACAAGAGUAUAAUGAACAAAGUGGUAUAUAUAUACAUAUAUAUAUAAUAAUAUAAAGAAAAAAGCUAUAUAUAUACAAUAGAAUAAUGCAUAUUUCGCGAUUACUUGUUGAUUAUUAUGUAUUUUGAGCUAGUUGGAGCACUAUCUUUUUAAACCGAAGAUCGCUUGCAAAGAGUUACAUCAUAGAAUUAAACGGGGUUACAUUUGCGCCGUUGCGAAAACGAUUGUACAGUUUGUCGCGACGAAAAAAAAACGAUGCUGAAAUACGGAAAACGAUGCAGUCUCGCUAUAUGGCUCCAUACGGGGCUGUGGGAGAUAAAACAUUGUGCACUGGACCAUAUAAUUGGAACAUCUAUUGCAAUUUGCUUGUCCUCCCUACUGAGACUGUGUGCAGUCACUGAAA